AUUUGUUAGCGUCAAACGGAAUUGUUGCCAAACGGAAACGGAAGUGGCGCCACCCCAAAGCCCCAGCCACACAAAACCCAUCCGCCCACCGACCGGUGACGGGAGACGGGAUACCGGAGACCGUGGCGAAGAGUGGUAGAGGGAGAGGGAGAGAGGAGAGGCAUAUAACUGGCGAAGCAGACAAACAGUUGAAUAAUGCAAAUUAAAAUACAAUAAAAUGUAAAACACAACAGCAACAAGCUGGUGGAAAAUAGCAAAGAAAAGCGCUAGAGUCACGCGAGUGGUGACUGGAGAGUGUGGAGUGGAGACUAGGAGGUGGAGAGCAGAGAGUAGCGAGUGGAUGGUGUAAGAGGUUGACAUGCCCAAAAAAUGCGCGUGGCGGCAACUUUUCCACUGAAUUGAUUUGAGCAGCGGCAACCAGUGCGUAUACGCAAUACGCGAUACGCGUUCUACGGUCUGUUCUGUUCCGUUCUGUUUACGCGGGAAAUUUGCAUAACUUUGCUGCCGUGGCAUUAAAAACAUCAAAAACAAAUUGCAAGUAACAAAAGAAACGGCCAUAAAAAGGCGCCAGCCUCAUAAAAAAUACAGAAAACGGCGGAAAAAAAACAGACUCAACGCAGAAAAGGAAGAGAGAUCCUUAGUGCCAGCUCAAAAUUAAUUUAUGCAUCAGCAGCAGCAGUAGCAGCAAAUCAAAUACAAAUACGGGAAAAUAUCAAGAAAAAAAAAUUAAUAACAAUUAAAGCAGCGGACAGCAGCGAGAGUGUAAACGAGCGGGUGAGCGAGCGAGCCGCGCGGCAAACAGAGAACAAGAGAAAAAAAAAAAGGCAAAAAGGGUUCGCGAGGGUUGCCUAUAAAUGUACCAGGACAGCGGCUGCAGCAGCAGUAGCAGUCGACGUGGCAGCACCAGUGCAGCAGCAGCAGCAGCAGCAGCUGCAGCAGCAGCAGCAGCAGCAACAGGCGCUGCAGCAGGCGCUGCAACAGCAAACAGCAGCAGCGACGAGGAAACCCUCGAGACACUCACGAUAAUCACCACGACCAUAACCGAGACCGAAAUCAAUGCGGCUGCCACCACGGCAACGGCCAAAGCGAAAACCACAACCACAACUGUCAUAGCCACAACGACGGCAACGGCAACAACAGCCGCAGUGGCAGCAACAGCUAAGGUUGCAACUGCUGCAACGAGCAGCGACAUCGAGGACAGCAGCUUGGCGGAGAGCGAGAGCGAGGAGUGUCUUGAGUACAUUGAGAUCGAUUGCCAGACGGCACAGGGAUCAUCCGGCAACAGCAACAGCAACAGCAGCACCAGCAGUGGCAGUGGCAGUGGCAAUGCCGUGCUGCAACGUGGCAACAACCAGCAGCUCCAGCAUCCACAUCCGCAUUCACAUUCGCAUCAGCAACAGUCAACAGCCGCCGCCGCCGCGUUAGGCGCCGAUGUGCGGCUGCUGCGCAAGAUCGGCUAUAUAGCAUCGCGGGUCCGUGGCCUGUCCAAGUUUUACGGCGACUUUCAUCUGGUCAAUCCGUACAGCGCUCGUCGCCAGCGUCGCCAGCUGCAGGAGAUCCUGCUGAAGCACUCGAUCUUCGAUCCGGGCAAAGAGCGCGAGCGCGCCCUGCUUUUGGCCGCUGCCGCAGUGGCCGUUGGGGCAGCUGUCCAGCAGACAGCAGCACCGCCGCUUGCGGGCAACAGCAGCAGCAGCAGCAUCGAGGCGGCCAGCAGUCACAGUCAGAGUCGGAGUCGCAGUCGCAGCAGCGACCUCGAGGAGGAGGAGGAGCCCGAGGAGGAGUCGUCACCAAACGAGGAUCCGUUGGAGCAGCCUGAGGUUACAGCCACCACGCCAGCAGGAACAGGAACAACAGCAACAGCAACCACAACAACAACAACAACUACAACCACGACAACCACUGUGCGUCGCAAGUCCUCGAGCAGCUCGACGUUUAGCGGCGCGGCAGCCACUGUUUCCGGUUCCGUGUCCAUUUCGGCCUCCGCCUCGCAGUCGUUCGCCUCGACCAGCACCCCCAUCAAUCUGCUGGAGGAGCUGCUGAUCCAGUUCUACGAGGACCAGGACCAGCAUCGCUGCAAGCUGACCGUCAUUCGGCACCAGCGUGCCUGCAACUCCCCGGACACCACCAACAACAACUGCAACAACAUCUCCAACAACAACAACAUGAGCAGCCCGGACAACCAGCUGCCCGGCAGCUCCACCAGCCAGGCGUUCGGGGCGGCCACAAGCGGCGCCGCCUCCUACUUGCAGCCCACCAGCCUGCCCGACGGCAGCGACAAUCCCCGCCGGCGGCGUGCCAGCGACUGCUCGGCGGUGCAGGCCGCCCAGGCGGCGCUCUCCAAUCAGCUGCACUGCAUCACGCUGAAGAACAACAACUGUGCCACGGCCACGGGGAAGCUGCCGUUCCAUCGCGGCAGCUGCGGCGCCGCCGGGGAGCAUCUGCUCGCGGCCAACUCGAUCGCCAAUCGAGCCACCAUCAUUCUGAGCAAAUCCUGCAGCAAUGUGGAUGGCGAUGCCCACGGCUUGGGCAUGGGCAUUGGUGUGGGCGUCGGUGUCGGCGUUGGCGUCGGUGUUGGCGUGGGAGUCACCAAUCAGAUGCGCGCCAGUGCCACGGACAUCGAGUCGAAUACCCUGAACGGGGCCCAGGGCGCCAUGGCCACCAUUGCCGCGGCGGCAGCCUCAAACAAUGGCAACGGCAACGGCAAUGGCAACGGCAACGGCAACAACGAGUACAGCAUUCUACAACUGAACAACACGAUCAUCCAGUGUCACUUCAACGAUGACGAUUUCCGCGCCCUGGUCAAGGAUCUCAAGCGCAAGGUCGAGUACACUGAGCGCAUGAAUUGGUUAUGUCUCUCCAAACGGCCAUUGGGGCCGCCACAUCGUAAAAGCAGUCUACCAAAGCAUCAGGAGGUGAAGCGUCGCUUCCUGGAAAUUUGUGAUACCAAUUUCUCGGACGAGGUGAAGGCCGCCCUCCGCCUGCCCGCCUUCGAUUCGUACGAAUGGGGCGAUGCCGAUGUCAUCCACCUGAUGCAGACGAUGUUCAUCGAGCUGGGAUUCAUUGAGAAGUUCAGCAUUCCCGCAGAGACGCUGCGCGAGUGGCUCUAUGAGGUCUACAAGCAUUACAAUGAGGUGCCGUUCCAUAAUUUUCGUCACUGCUUUUGCGUUGCCCAAAUGAUGUACGCCAUUACACGCCAAGCGAAUCUGUUGAGCCGCCUUGGCGAUCUCGAGUGUCUCAUCCUGCUGGUGUCCUGCAUCUGUCACGACCUCGAUCAUCCCGGCUACAACAAUAUCUACCAGAUCAAUGCUCGCACCGAGCUGGCACUCAGAUAUAAUGACAUCUCACCGCUGGAGAAUCAUCACUGUUCGAUAGCAUUCCGUUUGCUGGAGCAUCCCGAGUGCAACAUAUUCAAGAACUUUAGCCGUGACAGCUUCAACACCAUACGUGAGGGCAUCAUUCGCUGCAUCCUGGCCACCGACAUGGCCCGCCACAACGAGAUCCUCACCCAAUUCAUGGAGAUAACGCCCAUCUUUGACUACAGCAAUCGGGCCCACAUCAAUCUGCUGUGCAUGAUCCUCAUUAAGGUGGCGGACAUUUCGAAUGAGGCACGGCCCAUGGACGUGGCCGAGCCGUGGCUGGAUCGACUGCUGCAGGAGUUCUUUGCACAGAGUGCGGCCGAAAAGUCGGAGGGAUUGCCGGUGACGCCGUUUAUGGAUCCGGAUAAGGUGAGCAAGCCGGGCUCCCAGGUGCGCUUCAUUGGACUGGUGCUGCUGCCGCUCUUCGAGGCACUCGGCGAGCUGGUGCCAGAGCUCACGGAGCUCAUCAUCAUACCAGUGCGCAUUGCCCUGGAGUAUUACAGACGCCUGAACGAUGCCCAGACAAAGACGCGCAAAUCCGUGGCCGACAGCAACACUUCGGACAGCAACAGCGGCACCAUGGACUCCAACGCGGCCAUGGUGAGCACCCCGGGUGCCUCCGGCGACAAGAUGAUCAUGGACAAGGGCCAAGGCAACGCACAGGGCGCUGGCGCUGGCGGUGGCGGUGGCGGUGGCGGUGGCGGUGGCACUGGCAGCGUCUCCCCCCAAAUGCCGCGCUCCGGCUCUGGUAUAAGCGUUAAAUCACGCCGCAGCAUACCCUCGCAAAAGUCCGCCUCACGCACCUCCGUGGACGAGCCGGGGGGCAUGGCAGCCGAGCUGCACGAUCUGCCCGAGGGCAGCGAGAGCGGCGACUCGGAGACGGCCACCGAAGUGGAUGUUGCCGAGAAGACAUCCAAGUUCAAGGUGGACACGGAAGGCAGCAGCAACCGUAGCAAGUCCUCGCACUCGAACUCACGCAAAUCGUCGCGCGAGAAGCGCCCCUCGAUGAUCGGUGAGCUGUGCAGCAGCGGCGGGGGCCAGCGCAUCCGCAACUCGUACGGCAACAUCCACGGCUAUCACAGCAAUCGCUGCCACUUUGGCAACAAUCGGGCCGUCAGCCUCGACCAGUACAGCAGCGGCCACAGCCGACGCCUGUCCGACGGCCUGCCCCAGGUGAUCUCCGACAGCAACGUGUUCUACGGACGCCACCACCAACGCAGCGGCGGCCACGAGUCGGCUGCAGCAGGCGCAGCAGGAGCUGCUCAGCGUGGCCAAGAGGACACCAAUGCCAACACGAGUGCUGCAGCUGGAUCGGGAGCAGGAUCAGGAGCCAGAGCUGGUAGCAACAUCCAACUGAAUGAACUGCUGGCCCGCACCGAGGCGAAUUCGGAUGGGGAUGCGGAUGGGGAGAUCAGUGCCGCGGAGAUGCUGCCUACGGCGAGUGUUCCCCUGCUGUCGGAUGUGGCAGCGAGCGCCUCCUCCUCCAACGGCAACGUCUCUCCACCCAGUGGCCAGCAGCUGGAGCAGAUCGGGCUGGCCAGCAACGGUGCACCGGCCAGUGCCAAUGCCAAUGCCAGUGCCAGCAGCCAGGCCGGAGUCGCCGCAGUGUCCGGUGCUAUCGCAAUCGGUGGCGGCGGUGGCGGCGGGGCCGGUGGCAGUGGCUCCGGUGGCUCCGGUUCGUGGAAGUCGCGGCUGCGCCAGUUCUCGGACUACUUCAGCUUCAGCUUUGACAAGGGCAACAAACGCUUUGGCAGCACCCGCAGCAGUCCCUGCCAUGGCAGGGCCAACAACAAUGGAGCCGAAGCCGGGCCCAGUGCCGGAGACAGCAACAGCGCCCUGGAUGUGGCCGGAGGAGGAGGUGCAGGAGCUGGGACCGGGCCUGGAACUGGAACUGGCACUGGUCCUGGAAUGAGUGGCGGUAAGCCGCAGUCCAUUUGCUGCACCAUUUCGAAUAGCCAGCAGUCGAGCUCUGGCAGAGCUGGAGCCAGCAGUGGUGGCGGUACGAUGCACCGUCAUCGGGCCUACAGCCUGGACGUGCCCUGCAGCCGCGGCCCGGGCAUGACACGCCACUCGUCCAACGACAGCAGCCGCCAGUCGUCGCGCCACGAUGACAGCAACAACACGCUGCACAGUGCAGGCGGCGGCGGCGGUGCUGCCGGCGAGGUGCCCGGCAUACGCAUCGCAUCCGUGGACGGGGUCGUGGUCAUUCCGCCCAGCCUCAGCGUAGAGCUGGAGCUGGGGCUCGCCAGCUUGGCCUCCUCCUCGGAGGUGGCGCCAAAGAUUUGACAACAGGGGAGCACCUAUGACUCCAGCACCGAGAAGACGGCCACCGACAUCUCGCUGUCCCACCCGGGGCCCAUCGUUGCCCUGCUUCCGCCGGAGGACAUCGUUGGCGACGACGACGACGACGACGACGAUGCAGAUGCGGAUGCGGAGCAUCAGCUGCAGCCGGAUGCCGCCAGCAACUGCGAGGUCUCCGCCAUAUCCAUGACGGUAUGGUCGGCCAUCGGGCAGCGGCUCAAUGCCCUCGUUUGCCAUUGCUGCGAGCGCAAGUUGCCAGAGCCCGAAAAUGUCUAAAUGAACCUUGCCACGCCCCACGCCCCCGUGACAGCAGCUGAUGAAGGACUAACUGCAACUGAAUUGUUCCCCUGGCAGUCGACUGCUUUGGAGUUUUACCUAUUAAUUUUAGUCGAUUGAUUCAUUUUGCUCCUCCUUUUUUUUUGUUUACCUUUUAAGUAUUUUUUUAUUUAUGUACACCUACGCAUACACCCACACA